UUUUGCCAAAAAAAAAAAAAAAAACACGGGCCCAAACCCAAAUCCCCCAAAGUCAGCACCAAUACACCCCCACCUGGGUUUUCGCUCGCCGCCGCCGCCGCCGCCGCUCGCUGCGGGCAAGGACAUCCCCGGCCGUCUCCGACGCCGCCGCAAUGCCGACGGUCAGCGUCGGCCGCGACCGUCUCUUCGCCGCCCUUGGCCGGACCUACACGCAGGAGGAGUUCGAGGCGCUCUGCUUCGAUUUCGGCAUCGAGCUCGACGACGUGACGACAGAGAAGGCCAUCAUCCGGAAGGAGAAGCACCUCGAGGACGACGGCAAGGUGGACGACGACGACGAGGUCAUUUAUAAGAUCGAGGUCGCCGCCAACAGGUAUGAUUUGCUAUGUCUUGAAGGAUUAGCAAGAGCUCUUCGUGUUUUCAUUGGGACUGAAGCGAGUCCUGUAUUCAAAGUUUCUUCCAGCCCUCGUGCUUCACUUCAGAUGCGUGUUAAACCAGAGACUUCACAAAUUAGACCAUACAUAGUUUGUGCUGUCCUGAGAGGGGUAACUUUUGAUGAAGCAAGAUACAACAGCUUCAUUGAUCUUCAAGACAAACUCCACCAAAAUAUUUGCCGGAAGAGAACUCUGGUUGCUAUUGGUACCCAUGAUUUGGACACUCUGCAAGGACCAUUCUCAUACGAGGCUCAACCACCACAAGAAAUCAAUUUUGUCCCAUUAAAGCAGGAGGAAAGCUUCAGAGCUGAUAAACUGAUGGAAUUUUAUAAAUCAGACAUGAAGCUGAAGAAAUUUUUGUUCAUAAUUGAGAAUUCUCCAGUGUACCCAGUUAUCUAUGAUAGCAAUAGGACCGUAUUAUCUUUACCUCCUAUCAUCAAUGGUGCACAUUCUGCUAUCACCCUGAAGACAAGGAAUGUCUUUAUUGAAUGCACUGCUACUGACCUUACAAAAGCAAAUAUUGUUCUGAAUACAAUGGUUACAAUGUUUACUGAGUACUGUGAGAAUAAGUUUGAAGUGGAACCGGUUGAAGUGGUAUAUCAUGAUGGAAGCAAAACUGUUUACCCUGAUCUUUCAUGUUACAAAAUGGAGGUGUCACUAUCUGAUCUUGUUGCGCCUAUCGGCAUUUCCCUGGACAAGAAGCAGGUUGUCUCCCUUUUGAACAAAAUGCAACUUCAAGCAGAAAUUUGCCCAUCAAAGGGGGAGCCUUGUAUUUCAGUGUCCGUCCCUCCUACAAGAAGCGAUAUUCUACAUGCUCGUGAUCUGGCAGAGGAUAUCGCUAUAGCUUAUGGGUAUAACAAUGUGCCAAAAUCAAAGCCAAAGUGUAUGACAAUAGGAGGAAGGCAACCAUUAAACCGGUUCUCCGAUAAAAUUCGUGCUGAGGUUGCAAGAGCUGGUUAUAUGGAGGUGCUUACCUUCAUCUUGUGUUCACAUGAAGAAAAUUUUGACAUGUUGAACAGGACAGAUGACAGAAGUAAAGCAGUCAUUAUUGCAAACCCCCGCACUUCUGAAUUUGAGGUUGUUCGUACUAGUCUGAUGUCAUGUUUAUUGAAAACUCUGAAACAUAAUAUAGACCAUCCAAGACCCAUAAAGAUUUUUGAAAUUGGUGAUGUAGUGACAUUGGACUCAUCACGCGAUGUUGGUGCCUCUAAUAAUCGCCGACUUGCAGCUUUAUACUGCAACAGGGUUUCUGGUUUUGAGGAAAUUAUGGGAUUGGUGGAUAGUAUUGUCAAAGUCGUGAGGGCUCAGCAUGUCAAUUUUGGCAAUAAUUACUAUGUUCCUACAAAUGAACCUGAAUUCUUUCCAAAGAGGCAGUGCAAAAUCAUUACGAGUGAUGGCAAGCAGGUUGGCUACUUAGGAAUUGUACAUGCUGAGGUGCUAAGGAAAUUCGGCAUUCCGGAUCCCUGCACCUUCGUUGAGAUUGACAUCGAGGCUCUGAUGUAGAGUGCCAUCCACAGUAAACCAAGGAAUGCUCGAACCCGAGAUCCACCGCGGGUCAGUUUUGUGCAGUAAACAUGCAUGGGGUACCCCACCAAGAACUACAGAGUAAUUAUUCAGGCUGGAAUUCCACAACGGGCUUCUCAUCUGAUUGGAAACAUUUGCACUUUCAUCUUUUUAUGUGUGACAUACUUUGACCAUGUUUCCAUUGUAAUACAUCACUUCCAGCACAAUCUUCCGUCAAAAGUUUAGCUGCUGUGUUUGUGUGAAGAAUUGCAUGUCGAAAGUUAAAACUAGCAUGACACUGGUUCUCUCA